AUGGCGAAGCAGUCUGAAAAAAUAAAAAGCCUGCCGAAAUCCAAAGAUACCCAAGAUUCUGAUUUUAUAAUAGCGAAACCGGAGAAAACGAGCAAUAAUGAACUCUGUCUAUUCGCCUGCGAAGUUGUAUUCUUUGAAAAUAUAUGUCAGAGGAAACGGAACCUGCACACUUUAAUUAUAAUUGGGCAAUAUGGUAUCAAAUCAUUGAAUGGAAUUUCGAACCUGAUACAGCUUCGAGAGUUGUGGAUAGUUGAGUGUCUUUUAAAGGAUAUCUCGGAACUCCAAAGUUAUAACAGCAAAUUAGAGAAACUAUAUCUCUACUCCAACAAAAUCGAUCACAUACCAAAUUUGUCAAACUGUCCAGAGUUAAUAUUGUUGAAUCUAUCUGGAAAUAACAUAUCUCAGUUACGGAAUUUGCACAGCAUGCCAAAACUACGUGAAUUUCACUUGGCAAAUAAUAGAAUAAGAAUGAUCGGUGAUGCCUUUCGAGACAAUUCCAGUUUGUCCACUGUAAAUAUGGCUGGAAAUCCUCUCUACCAGUUGACGGUAGUUACAAUAAUUCGAAUUCUCAAGAAUAAAAUGAUGUUCUACAACAUGCUGUGGCACAAAAAUUCAGACCUUUCAACUAAGUCAUUAAAAAAUCACCUCAAGCAGCGUAAUCUCACAACGGCAACUUAG